AUCUGUACAUCGAUCAUGAAGAGCGGUUGGACCAGUCUUGCCACCAAAAUAUCACAUGUUGCGAAUCGGGCAACUAAUCAAAGCACUGUGCGACAGGGCGGGCGUAUCCUGCAUUUUGGUGGCGGACAACUGAAUCAGGUCACAGUUGGCACCAUGGCAGCCGUCUGGGUCAGCUUCGUGCUGGCAGCUGCAUGUUUCUCCUCACUUGACGCGGCGAUCAUUAAGAAAGGCCAUCAGAUGAUGUCUUUUGAAGAUCUCCACAAAAUAGACGAACACCAUAAUCUCCAAGGCAAUGAGCAGAUGUUGAGAGAGCUGUCUGCUGUUGAAGAAUUGCUGCAGGAUCUCAUGGAAGAUACAGUCGAAGACGCUCUGUUUGACAGCAUGCCGGAUGAAGACGAUGAGAAAGACGAACUUGUGUUGAGGGGUGAUGAGCGUCGCGUCAUUCCGUUUUGGAACAGAACAAAACUGUGCAACUACCAUGAGUGCUUCAGGCAACUGAAGACAUGGCCUGAGGUUCCCUACUACCUGCUAAAGGAUGGACACUUCCUUGUCGACUGGCCAACAAAGUAUAUUCGUAUGUUUCUGAUAUACAACAAGAACGCUUUUGUAAAGGUAUUCAACAAAGAUCGCCAAGCAGUCGAAAACCACGCCUUGGAAACUGUUGCCAUCAUAGACAAGGCGUAUAGGACAGUCAACUUUCGCGUGCUCCUGAGUGGUGUGGAGAUUCUGGAAGAAUUCUGGCCUGGGGAAACGGAGAAUCCUCAUUACUCUCAGUAUCUGAAGCCGAAAGUCAGGGAGCACGUCUGGAGUAAGCUGCAGUCGUCUGAGAAGAAGUUUGACACGGCGGCGUACAUCGCGGGUCCACCAUAUUGGCACGGGACAAGCGCCAGCGGUGCCGGGAUGGGCGACCUGUGUGUUGUGAAGGAUGUCAACGCCUAUCCUUUCAUGAUGAUCGGGAGCAGCGGAAUCAAGAGCAAGAGGCCUGCAGACUUGAUGGACGUCUUUACACACGAGAUGGGGCAUCAGUUCUUUCUUGGACACCCCUUCGAUAUCCGAAAUCUUUCGGUCACAAUUUCUUCACCCAAUUCCGAAAACGUGACUUCAGUUGCCUUGACAACAAACCAGCACAGGUAG